CAAAAUUCAGAAAUCACAUUUCAGUACACUGCUCCAAGAUGAAGGUACUCAUUCUUCUUUCCGUUGUUGCCUUGAGCAGCUGCUUACCAGCAUCCAGAAAUCAACAAUACGUUGAUGUAGACUACAACAGCUACAACGCUCAUCCCGUCUACAACUUCUGGAGGACUUGGAAUCAGCAACACUAUGGACAAGAACCAUGGAACCAAUGGGUACAAUAUGGUGUCCAGAACCAACCCGGUAACUACUGGAGGCAGUACGUGCAACGCAGCAACCAAGCUGAAAAUGUCGAUUUACCUUGGAUGUAUCACUCUUGGGAUGUCCAGGAUGUGCAAAACUUAACUCCCGUUCAACGUGUUCAGUUGCUACUCAACUACGUCAGACUUCACCAACAAUGGAACCAAUGGACUCAUGAUGUAACUGCCAAUGAACGUCUUCAGAAUAUGUUGUAUCAACACCUUCCUGAACACUUAUGGAGCUCCAACGAGCAAAUUGUACCAUACAUGAUGAACUACUUCAACCAAUACCCAAUGAAAUACAACGACAUUAUGCAUGAAGUUAUGCAAACCCCAUGGGCUCACCAACAACUUAUGUUCCACGUUAUGUCUGAAUUAUACCAGCACUUCGGUCAAGCCCCAUGGUCCCACGAACAAAUAAUGAACCAGAUCAUGCAACACCAAUACCUCUACGGUACAACCUUAUCCCAACAACAACUCCAACAAUUGGUAGAAUUCGUACUCCACAUUCAAUACGAACUUACUCCUUUACAUUACCAACAACUUGAACAAGUUCAACCCUGGAACCGUGAACAAGUACUUUCAUGGAACCAAGGACAAGUACUCCCAUGGGCCUACAGACAACUUCUUCCAUUGAACUAUGAAACCGUUUUACCAUGGACCCGCCAGUAUUCCGCACAAAACAACAUGAACCUAGAGUCCCAAUACAACUACAAUCUCCACCAACAACAAAUGCCAUUGUCCCAAUACUGGAACCAGAGAUACGGACAACAAUACCCACAACAUUAUGAAGCCAUGGAACAACCCGGAUGGUGGAACCAAGAAUGGACCCAAAACUUGGUUGGACAAGAGAAUCAUUAUCCUCUCUUGGGGCAAAAUAUGCCCUUAGUAUAUUAAAAAGUAUUCUGUUCUAAGCAUAUGAUUUAAAAUAAAAAAAGGCAUAUAUA